AAUUCUCUUCAAUUCAAUAAAAUAUAAAGCUUUAUGCAUUUUGAAGUACAUAGAAGUCGAGGUGCAAAAGUGUCAGACAUGGUUUCCAAAAUAGUCUUGGUUGUCGCUCAAGCGCUUUUCCUCAAGAGUAUCGCUGCCCAGGCUAUCGGAUGUGGUGCUGGUCCGUUCGGCUACGCUAGCCCCGCGCUCGGCUACGCUAGCCCCGCGCUCGGCUACGCUAACCCCGCGCUCGGCUACGCUAGCCCCGCGCUCGGCUACGCUAGCCCCGCGCUCGGCUACGCGACACCAGCAUGCGGCUGCGAGUCCCCAGCAUUCGGCUACGCCGCCCCCGCCGCGGCUCUCGCUGCAUCCAAUGGCCCCGGACUCGUCGUCACAAGCUCAUCUCCUUCGGCGCCGAUCGGCAUAUCUGUGGCCUCCGAGAACAUAAUCGAGGGAGCCCUCGCCGUCGCCGGAGCUCUGCCGUUCCUGGGCACCGUCGGUCUCGAGGGAGUGCUGCCCACCGCCGGCGCCGGUAACGUGGCCUACAACUGCGGCAACGGAGCCGUCGCCAUCACCGCGGAGGACAUCGCCGACGCUCCCCUCGAGUACGCCGCCGCGGGCCCUAUUGGCUACCCAGCUAUCGGCGAGAUCGUGACAUCUCCGUUGGCUUACGGUCCUGCCGUUACUGAAAUUGUCUCCCCGUUGGGUUACACCUCUCCCCUGAGCUGUGCCGCUUCCCCUCUGAGCUACGCUUCUCCAGCUAGCUACAUCACGAAGCCCAUAUUUGCCGCCAGUCCGAUCAGCUACACCGCCGGAACUCUAGGCUACGGCCCGGGACCCAUCAGCUACAGCGCCGGCGUGCGCGGUUUAGGCGCCGGUCCUUUCGGGGGCUACGGAUACAUAUAAGAAAUCGACCCCAGCAAGCUGUUAUUGGAAAUAAACUGCAUUACGAACACCUA